AGCAGGGGCCACCCCUCGCGCGGCACCGAGGGGCGCGGCGGCACCGCCUCGCCCCGAGCGGCAGGGCAGGCCAUGCUGCUGCGCAACCCGACGCGCAUCGAGUUCAAGCCGGAGGACGCCCAGGAGUACCUGCGGAGCCGGGAGCGGACGAAGCGGCAGGGCGCCACCGGCGGCAGCGCCGGCAGCGCCGCGGCGCUGGGCUCCACCCCUGGAGUCUCCCUCAGCCCCGCGCCCCGCCUCGCCCGCGGCGGUGCGGGGCGGGCCCCGGGCGCCAGCCCCCGCGCGGAGGGCCAGCCGGCGUCCUGGGCCGCGUCGGCGGCGCCGCAGCAGACGUCCCCGGCGAGCGCCGCGCCCACCUCUGCGGCAGUCCCGCCGGACCCCCGCGGCCGGCCGGGCCCUCCCCCGACCGGGCCGCCCCCUGGGCACGCCGACGGCGCCGUGGCCUCGGCCGUCUCCGCCGACGCGGUGGCGCAGCUCGCGGCCAUGGGCUUCCUGCCAGCGAGGGCGAGGGACGCACUCGUCGCGACCGGCGGCGACAUCGAGGCCGCGGCCGACUGGCUGCUCACCUGAGGCGCGGGCGUUGGGGGACUGCUGCGGUCCCGCGGCCGGGGGCGCCUGCCGCCGCCCUCCGCCCUGCUCCUGCUCCCGUUUUGCCCAGCCUGCUCUACACGUCCUCCGCCUUGUCG